UAUCGCUCUGUCUCUUCUCUCUCUCUCCAGCUCGCUCUCCUUCCUACCCUCCCUCCCACUCUCCUGUUUACAGCCUUGAAUAUCUGACAUUUCUUUGUCUUUCAAACACCAGUCAGACCUGCUCUCAUCUGAAAGAAGAUUCAAAGCAUUCUGCUGCAUAACCAGCCCGGACCUGAACUCCUCAGCAGGAAUCCUGCGCUACCUUCAUGUCCUGAUUCCCUCAUCUAAGCGCACCACCACAACCUCGCUGUUGCCUCUCUUCAGCCACACAGCAGACCACAACAGCCCAAACAUGGAGCGCGUCCAGCACAUCACCAAGUCGGCCAUCCGCCGUGCAUCCCAAAUCGAGGUGACUCCGCAGGCCAAGAGGAACCUGCAGGAGCUCUUUGUCAACUUUACCCUCAUCCUCAUCUGCCUGCUUCUCAUCUACAUCAUCGUUCUGCUGAGCAGCUGAUGCUGCGUCUGUGGACCAUGAGGCACCCUCACACUUCACCGAUUCACUCCAUGUGUGACUGCAUGUCUCCCUACUGCUGCUCCAAGUCUGUCCCAGACUUGGGUGCAAUUUAUUUAAGCUGAAGAAUGAGUGAGCUACAGUAAGCACCCACCCGCGGUAUAGGACGUUUUGCACAUUUCCUACAAUGUAGCACAUUAACUGUAAGAAAAAAAAAACAAUGUGUGAAACUCACAGCUACUCAGGACUUCCACGGGAUGCUUUAUGUCACACUCCCAUCCUGAGAACGAAAGAAGAAAUCAUCACUUGAUGUACACUGUUAAAUAAACACAUAGCAACAAUGGAA